AUGGUAGGUACCAAUCUCUUAAGGGUGCUCUACGAUACUAUGGAUUUUGAGGAGCUGGUGUCCACUUCCAUUCUGCACGGGGCUCCCUCUAUAUUGACAUCCAUCAUUCCUACAUUCACACAGAAUAUUCGAGAAAAUAUUCGAAUAGUUGGAGGACAAAUAAAAUUAUUAAGAUGGAUAUAUGAAUAUAUUCGUUUGCCAAUAUUUCCUUUGUAUGGAAACUUUCCAGGUAAACUGCAGAUAUAUUUUGGAGAUCCUAUUCCAUAUGAUCCAAACACAACAGCAGAAGAACUAGCCAAAAAAGUAAAGAAUGCAUUACGGUGUUUAAUAGACAAACAUCAGAAAAUACCAGGAAAUGUGUGGAGAGCUUUGAUGGCAUGA